GUACAAUAAGUUGAACCAAGCAAGUGUUAUUGAAAGUCUGUCUACUCUAGAUUUUAAAAACAAAAUAAUACAAGUAAAAUUUGAUAUAAUCUCAUUAUCAUCAUGGUAAAUGCUGUGAAAUUCAUAACUUUAAGUUGCAUUAUAAGUGCAUAUUUAUUUAUCGAAACUGAAGCUGUUCGAUGUUAUCAAUGCGGUAGUGACUCAGACCCCAAAAAUGAAGAUCUAUGUGGUGCUUAUGAACCUUUUGAUAAGAAUAAGCACAUUUCAAUAGAUUGCAAUGACGAGGACUCCAAAAUGCCGGGAUCAUUUUGCGUCAAAGAAAUACGACAAGGUCCUCGUGGAUUUAUUUGGGACGGAAGAUUCAGACAAGUAGUACGAAGAUGUGCAUCAGUUGCAGAAACGGGGGUAACAAAUGUCUGUAAUUGGGGUGUCGAUGAAAACGGAGUUUAUUGGCAGCAGUGCUACUGUUCAGAAGAUUCGUGUAAUGGUGCUACGAGUCUGUCGUCGUCUUUGACAAUAGCCACUAUUAUAUCAUUUUUUAUUACAAUUUACUUUAUAAGAUAAGUUAAUAUCUUUUAAAUUUCAAUAGAUAUAUAUUUCUAUAGAAUAUAUUAAUAUAAAAAGUAGGAUACUCAUAAUAUCGAUCAACGAAAGUGUUCAUAGUAUCAUAUUACUAUAUCGUCCUUUCUAAAAGGACAAUAUAAGAUUUAAAAGAUAUGAAUAAAAAGACGGAAAGACGAUUAUUAAACUCGCCAAGUAUUUCAACAGAAUAAAAACCUCAAAUUGAAAGAAGAUACUCUCCUAGUA